UGGAUACCUACCCAAUCUUGUGCGUAAAAGCUUUUUUGAAAAGACAUUUGGAUGCCCCGAAGUAGGUUUUUGAAUAAUAAGAAUAAGCUUGAAGUGAUCACAGACGGAAACCAUCGUGUCUGAAGAAAACACGACUUCUUAUCGGUGCAAGAUCGUUGAUCUUUGACUCUGUUUUUUUACGCGUGACUCCCAGAAGUUUUCUCGAUGAGAGCGUCGCACGGCCCCGCUUGACCAGACUCGGACUCCGAGGACACGCCAAAUCCACAGGUCAAAGAGUUAUUUGUCUUUUUCAAUUUUAGCCAUGUGUGAUUUCGGUAGUUGGAGAUAAAGCUGCAAUAAAACCCUUGUGUGGUUGUAAGGCAGAGAGAAAGGGUGUGUGCGCGCUCUCGCUCUGUAGCCUCACCGGACGAGAGCAGGAGGAAAUCUGGGAGAGAGGAGGAAGACAAGCGGCAACUCCAAGGAUGACUUUAGGGACGGAUAUGUCCGACAGCUCUGCAUUGUCCGAGGAUGUGGACAUCGAUGUGGUUGGUGGUGACAUAUCGGUUGGAAAAGACGGAAAGUACAUCCACCAUGACUUCAACUUCGACAAUGACUCGGACGAUAAUUACUCCCAGAACACGGCCGAGAGAGUUGCCUCUCCAGGGCUCAGCAGCUCUGACUGCCCGUCAGAUCAGGUCGGGUCCAAUGCAGAGACCGGGACUGUGAUUGGGGACAAACCCAGAAAAAGUGCACUUGUGAAACCACCGUACUCUUACAUCGCUCUGAUCACCAUGGCCAUCCUGCAGAGCCCCAAGAAACGCCUCACUCUGAGUGAGAUCUGCGAGUUUAUUAGCAAUAGAUUUCCCUACUACCGGGAAAAAUUCCCCGCGUGGCAAAACUCCAUUCGUCACAACCUUUCCCUAAACGACUGCUUUGUGAAAAUCCCACGGGAGCCGGGCAACCCCGGGAAGGGCAACUACUGGACUCUCGACCCGGAUUCCGCAGACAUGUUCGACAACGGGAGCUUCUUGCGCAGGCGGAAGCGCUUCAAGAGGCACCAAAAUAACGAUAUCCUCAGGGACUCCGGUGGCUUUCUACCAGGAUUUGGAUAUGCGCCGUAUGGAUACAACUAUGGACUUCAGCUGCAGAACUUCCACGCAGCCCACAACCCUUACCACCCACACCACACAGGUGGUUCCUUCCCGUUCCCUAACGCCCCCUGCACCUUGCCCUCAUCAGCCUCCAUAUUCCCCGCGCCGCAUCAUCUGCCCUCCCUUUUAGGGACCGAUUUAAGAAAGCCUUUUUAUCCUCAGCUAAGCCCCUCUCUGCCACCCCUCAAGACGGACUCCAGCGCCCCGAGUCGACCUUCGUUCUCCAUUGAUAAUAUCAUUGGUGCAGCCAACUCCACCGCUUCUUCCUACAGCGCACAGCCGGGAAGCCAGGCUCAGAUUCUGGCCAUGCUGACCCCAGCACUGGCCUCUGCCUCAAGUCAUUUGAACUUAUCACAGGAGAGCAUAUUACAACCUGGGCCGCAGAGUCAAACUUUUUCCAGUAAAACCCCGAAUAUGAACACUUGCCCUUUUUAAGAAAUAGGAGAAAAAGAAAAGACUGCCAGAAUGCCCUCCGAAUAUUUUUCAUGAAAAAAAAAAUCAAUUGUGGCGUCGUCCUCUGUGAAGGUAGGGUAAACAUUCUUCGUGAAGUAAGAAUGUUUCUUGUUCUCCCAGUUUCUUAACAGUGUACGAGGAGAGACAGGUUUAUUUAUAGGGUGUAAAUAUGUGUAUAAUAUUGAGAGACAAAAGCAAGAGAAACUCGGAGAGGGAGCUUUUUAAAUAAUGCUGGCCUGCAGUGUGGCAUGUGGCCUUCAAUUGUCAGUGGAGGGGAAAAAAGGAGUCUGUUAUUUUAACAUAAGUUAAAUGUGUCUUAAGUGGUUACGGGGAUUAUUUUUGAUUUUUUUUCCAAAAUACAAUUGAGAAUUUUAUUCUGAUUUAUAUUGUUUUUUUAAUUUUUAUUUUGUGUCUAUAGAAAAAGUGGCACUGUUGUUGAGAUAUGCUGACAAGAGACUGUAAACUCAGGUUUUUACUUAGAAAGCACACGGAGACAAAGGGGUGUUUCUGAAAUUUAAAAAAAAAAUAACACUACAAUUUUUCCACUAUCACUCCCCCUGAAUCUUCUCUACAUGGUAAAUUUGUGACAAUAUCAUUUCAUGUUGUCAGUGGACCCUUAGGCUAUGUGACUUUUGGUAUUAAAGAGCGUAUUACCUCUCUCAA